CUUAUGCUACUACAUUACCUCAGACGUGCGCCCUUUUUCAGUGGUGGAAAAUAAAGGCUUCCGCAAUUUUGUAAGCCUCCUUGAUUCAAGGUAUGAAUUGCCUUCACGGACCACCUUAAGAAAUGUUUCGAUUGUAAAUGCAUACGAUGAAAAGAAGGCCAAGUUGUCCGCCUUUUUAAAAAACGUAAACCACUGUGCAAUCACUUCAGAUUGCUGGACGUCCAGAGCCAACGAGUGCUACGUUUUAUAACAGAGGAUUUCGAAUUGCGCAACGGUGUUUUGUCCACUGAAAAGCUCCUCGACGAAAAUAUUGCAAACUCUAUACGCACAGUACUCGAGGAAUGGAGAGUUUUAGGAAAGGUCACUGCAAUGGUCACAGAUAACGCCAAAAAUAUGAUAAAAGCCUGUGAGAUACUGCAAAUAAGACAUAUUCCUUGCUUUGCGCAUUCAAUCAAUUUGACUGUCCAGGACUGUUUGGCUACAGGAAAAGUUAAGCCCAUUCUUGACAAGUGUAAGCGCAUUGUUUCAUUUUUUAAAAGUAGCACAAUUGCGUAUGCCAAGUUUAAAGAGGCCCAGGAAUGCGAACGUCCUUAUAGUUUAAAGCAAGAAUGUCCUACAAGAUGGAACAGCGCCUAUUAUAUGGUGGAGAGAAUUUUGAUUAGAAAGGUUGCCAUCGCAAGUGUGCUACUAAACACGCCCAAAGGGUUAAUGCCGCUAACAUCUGAUGAAAUAUCUAUUCUAGAGGAUUUAAAGGCAAUACUUUCACCUUUUGAGCAUGCAACAGUACACACAUCUUCGAGUACUUCUGUGACAGUGUCUUCGGUGAUUCCGGUUGUUUGUGGUAUUUUACACAAUCUUACAGCCAUGAAAACUAAACUCAAGACUAAAGUGGGUCAAGAUUUCUGCGAUGACAUACUUCAGGUCAAUAAAAGAUUGGUCCCCUAUGAAAAUCGUACGAGCGUGUGCCAAGAUGCACGCUACAUCAGCUUAAAGGACGUUACUUCAAGGAUAUAA